UGUCGCUGGUCUGCUGGGCUCGCGUUUAGAGUUCCGCCCUGGCGCAGACAUGCUGUGUCGACUUGGCUGUCGGUGGCCGCGUCUGUUGCCUGCCCUGCAGCUCCAGGCUGGGGGCCCGCUGCUUGCGCCGGUCCCAACGAGUGGCGCCAAGCGCCCCGCUCUCCCAGUGUGGGCGGUGGCCUCAGUCUCUACAGUUGGCUCAGGCGGCGCGGGCGGCUGGUACGAGGCCCUGGCAGCGUCGGCGCCGGUGCGGGGCGCGGAGGAAGUGCUGCUUGGCGCGCACGCCGCCACGGGCUUGCCCUGGUGGGGCAGCAUUCUGCUCACCACCGUGGCCUUGCGCGUUGUUGUCACGUUGCCCCUGGCGGCCUACCAGCACUACAUCCUGUCCAAGGUAGAAAAUUUGCAGCCGGAAAUUAAAAACAUUGCCAGGCAUCUGAACCAAGAAGUUGCAGUUCGUGCACAUCAGUUGGGGUGGUCCAAAAGAGUUGCCAGGCUCACUUAUCUAAAGUAUAUGAGGAGGUUUGUUUCAGAGCUGUAUGUUCGGGAUAACUGUCACCCUUUCAAAGCCACUGUGUUGUUCUGGAUUCAGCUUCCAAUGUGGAUCUUCAUAUCUGUUGCCCUCCGAAAUUUUAGUACAGGGGCAACACAUUCAGAAGCAGGUUUUUCUGUUCAGGAACAGCUAGCUACUGGUGGGGUCCUUUGGUUUCCUGACCUCACCGCUCUGGAUUCCACUUGGAUUCUGCCUGUCUCCAUUGGUGUCAUCAACUUAUUAAUAGUGGAGAUUUUUGCUCUACAAAAAAUUGGAAUGUCUCAUUUUCAGACGUAUAUUACAUACUUUGUCCGUGCAGUAUCAGUGUUGAUGAUUCCAAUUGCUGCAACAGUACCAUCUGUGAUCAAUUGUUCUCUACUGGUUAUGCUCCAGUUUCAUGGGCCUUUUCCAGAACUUGCUGCUCCGUUCUCCUGGAUUUCGCCAACUUUGCCGAAUACCGUUGACCAAAUCAGAUUCAGACACUCCUUAUAAAGACCUUUUUGCUGCCUUUUAUUCUAAGUUCAUUUCAAGAAAAUGAAUGAUAUAUUGUCUAAUAAUUUUGAAACAAUUGCAAGUGUCACUAUCGCCUGAAUGUAUUUAGAUUUAGAAUUCAAGUAUUAUUUAAUUUGGCUUUAUUUUAAAUCAUGAACUCUGUGAAGUACUAUGGGUUAAGAUGUAAUCCGGUUAUAUCUGACAAUAACUAAAAUAUUUUAAGUGAUAGAAAUGUAGUAUGCUUAAUUGUAAAAGUAAAAAUGGAACCAAAGUGUCUAUCCCUGUUUAUAAAACUAAUACUUGUUAGGGGGUGCCAGUAAUUUGGACAACAGGAUUGGAUACUGAAUGAUGUCAAAUUUUACUAAACAGUCAGUCCCACACGUUGAAGUUUUGUAAAAUAAGAGUAUUCAGUGAGGUGAUUUUUAAUAUUUUGGAGGUGGGGAGGAUUAUAGACCUGUGAACAUCUGAUAAAAGGCUAUGUAUAGUUUUCUUUUCAGAAAAGUCCUUGGACUCACAACAUGGGGACCUUCACUGACAUCCCUGAAGAUCUUCUGGCAACUCCUAGUUAAGAAACUGAUUCUGAUGGAACAUACAUUGAUGUUGAGUUAAUGUGUGGUUGGAAAAAAAAGGACUUGAAACACAUGCAAUAGAGUAGUCCAUGCAUAUAAGUACUGAAUAUGGUAUAUAAUUGCUGUGGGUUAAAUGUGUGCCCCAAAGGUUCAUAAUUGGGAACUUAGUCUUCAUUGCUAUUGUGUUAACACAGAGGGAAAUACAAUUGUGGUAAUUGAAAGGUGGGGUCUUUUAAGAGGUGAUUAGAUUGUGAGGGCUGUACCCUUGUGAAUGGGUUAAUACAUUGAUGAAUGAAGGGGUGGUAAUGGGUGAAGUUCUGAUGGCUCUAAAAGGAGAGUAAGUGAGGAGAUUAGCUGUCUCUUGCUCAUCCCAUUAAUGUGACGUGUAGAGUUAUCAAUGUCAAGAAGCCCCGCACCCCAUGCACCCCCUGGACUGUGGACUUCCCAGCCUCCAAAUUGUAAGAAAUAAACUUUGUUUUCAUAUAAACUACCUACUUUCAGGUAUUCUGUUAUAAGGAACAGAAGUGGACAAAUAACAAUAUUGCCUCCCAGUCCUUCUUUGAAAGAAUACAGAAAGUGUACAUUUCUUUCUCUAUAAUUUAAGAAGUCUAGAAUGCAGUUUUGCACUAUGUACUGCUAGAGGCCAAAGUGGAAAAUCUUAAGCAUUCAGUUUGUUUAGUCAGAGGAAGAAAACCAGAAUUGCAGCUGUCUAUUAUGGAGGUGAUUUUAAACUGUUGUUUAUUUGGAAGGAUUAAAUAUUGUAAUGGGUUUAAACAAUGAUAGAGGUUUAAUAUAGGAAAAAAUUGACAGGUAAUAUAAAUUGUGGAUCUAGUUGCUUAUUUAAGUUGAAAAGAUGCUAAAACUAAUUCUGAAUGAGAUAAUAAACAGUAAAUUUGACAGGCCUUUGAGAAGAUUAUAAAUUAUAAAUUUUCAUUGAGUUAAAAUAUGGACCCGAUCCUGAGAAACCCUGUCAUCCCAUCUCAGUGUUUUACAGUAAAAUAAAAACUCAAAUGAAAUUAAUUAGUGAUUUCUUUGAGUGACAUCUAUGAAAUCUUAGUCGAGGUUCUUAAUGAAGUUAUCAAGUGUUUUAAUAUAAAAAAUUAACAAUAUAUAGAGGUAAGAAUUUUGAUUGUCAUGUUACUGCAGCCCACUGAGAAUUUAGAGUUAGACGGUGUCAGCUGAGACUAGGUUCUCUUUCUCUUUUUUUUAUUAAAUAAAGAAAUUAUUUAUUUAUUUAUUUUUAUUGAAACGUAUUAUACAUAUUUGUGGGGCACAGAGUUGAGUAUCAGUACAUGUAUACAAUGUAUAAUGGUCAAAUUAGGGUAGUUAGCAUAUUCAUUAUCACAAACGCUUGUCAUUUCUUUUGAGAAUUUUUGAGAAUAUUUGAGCUCCUCUCUUUUAUCCAUUCGAGAACAUAGCAAUAAGUUAUUAACUAUAGAUGCCUAGCACUACUGUAUAUCACUAGAACUUAUUUUUCCUGUCUAGCUAUAAUUUUGUGUCUAUUAACCUUUCGUUAUUUCCUCUCCUCCUCCCUUUCCCAGACUCUAGUACAGGUUCUCUUUUUCUCAAUUCCCAGUCCUGGUUUAUGACUGCCUGGAAUGAGGGAACUGUGGUUGCCAAUCACAGUGAAGGAAUUGAAACUUCUGUACAGUUGAUUUUCAUUACGUGGAGAUUUGCCUACUUGCUAAAUUUAUUUAUAAACCCAAAAUCAAUAUUUGCAGUGCUUUCGAGGUCAUUUGUGAACAAAAAUUUGAGUCACCUUAUGCAUAUGUUCCUAACAGAGGUCAAAGAACAGUCUGCCUUGUUUCAGCUCUCAUACAAUAAACUUUGUGUCCUUUUUGUGGUCUUUUAAUGCUAUGUUUUUCUCAUUUCUUUGCUUUUUGUUGGUGAUUUUGCUGUUUAAAAUGGCUUCCAAGUGUUGUACCAAAGUGCUGUCCUAAUGUUCCUGACUUAAGAAGGCUGUUAUGUGCUUUAAGGACAAAAUAUGUGUGUUAAAUAAACUUCAUUCAUGCAUGAGUUGAUUCAAUAAUAAACUUCAUUCAUGCAUGAGUUACAGUGCUCUUGGCAGAGAGUUCAGUGUUAUUGAAUCAACAAUAUAAGGGUACUUGGAAAAGUUCAUGGAGAAAUAGAAUUUAAAGAUAACACUAAUUUUUCCAUGAACUUCUUAAAGUACUCUCAUAUAUUAAAUCGAUCUAUUGAGAAAAAUGUCAAGGCUUACAGGAACCUAACCCUGUAUGUUCCCUAGGAGCAUUUAAUCUAAACGAUUAUGUUCAGUAUUUACUUAUUCAGUUGUUUAUGGACUUCAUAGGACAUAACUAUCACAAAUAACAAGAAUUGACUAUAUUUGCAACAUGUGUACAAUCAAGGAAGCAGAGGCAGAAAUGUGCGUGUUGUUUGUAUUACAGUAAAAAGGAGAAAGGGAUCUUGAGAAAAAUUUUGGCAGAUACAGCUAACUCUGGAACAACUUGGCCUUUGCUGUGUGUGUCAUUUUGUACUGAUUAAGAUAUUUUUCAUAUUGUGAUAAGAAAUCAUCUCCUUUCCCCACCCUGUUUGUCACUUUCUUUGAAAGUUAAAAUAUAAAGGAGUGCUGUGACUCCCUGUGAUAUUGUUAAAUAUAUAUUUGGUCGUCCUAUUUCCUGACAUAUAACUCCUAAAACCCUUGGAAUCUCUAGAGUAAUAAGAGUGUCUUUUGUAUGCUAAUGAGAUGACUGGUGUCCCUAGAUGGGGGCUGGUCUUCAGAAAGGCCAAGCUAUGAUUUUUAAGGGGUUGGGACUUUCAGCCCCCCCCCAACCUCUGGGGAGGGAGAAAUGCUGAAGGUUGAACCAAUCACCUGUGGCUGGUGGUUUAAUCAGUCAUGACUAAAUGAAGCUUCCAUAAAAACCCAACAGGGCUGGGUUUGGGAAGCUUCCUGAUAGCUGAACAUGGGGAGGUUCUUAGAAGUUGGCACUCUUGGAGAGGUAAUGAAAGCUCUGCACCCCUUCCCACAUGCCUUGCCCUGUGCUUUUCUUCCAUUUGGCUGUUCAUCUGAGUCCUUUGUAAUAUACUUUGUAAUAAACUGGUAACAUAAGUGUUUCCCUAGGUUCUCUGAGCCACUCAUGAAACCCAAGGAGGGGGUCUGGCAGUCAGAAAAACAGGACACAACUUGGGGCUUGAGAUUGGCGUCUAAAGUGGGGGAUAAUCUUAUGGGACUGAGACCUCACCUGUGGGAUCUGAUGCUACGUCCAGGUAAAUAGUGUCACAAUUGAAUUUGAAUUUGAGGACACCCAACUGGUGUCUGCUUCAGAACUGGUUGCUGGUGGGGAGAAAUCCCCACACAUUGGCGACCAGAGGUAGUCUAUAUUGAGAGAGUAGGAAAAAAUACCUUUGGUUUUUCUUAUCUCCAAACACUCCCUUUUCAAAAGUGAAUCCCACUUUCAUGUGCAUAUUUUACCUUGUUUGCUGUGAUUCUCCUUGAUUUCAAAAUGUAUGUUUGUAUCUUUUCUCAAAUGUAUAUUUUACCUAUUUUCUUACUGCUCUCCCAUAUUCAAACUUUCAAACUUGAAAUUGUUUUUCAAUAUAUACAAUAAGUUUGAGGGUACAAGGACCUUCCUCCCAGAUCCCAAAAUAAUUUCUGAUAAGGUAGAGGGUGGCUGGGAUCUUGGGAUGUACUCAUGUAUAAAGAAAACUGGUGUAUUGUAAACUGUGGUGAAGUAGUCACCUGACUUCAGGCUGGUAAAUACUCCCUAAUUCCUUUCUCCAUGCAAAUUUUUUAGUAAACAAGUCAUAUUCCAGAAAA